AUGGGGUCAGACGAUAGCGUUAAGUUCUCAAACGACGAUAAAGUCGCCAUAGACCAUAAAGAGGAACUCCCGCCUCAAUAUACCGAUGAGGAGUGUAAUCGUCUAAAACGAAAAGUGGACAGGUACCUUCUCCCGCUUAUGUGGCUUUGUCAUGGACUCCAGGCAGUAGACAAGGCCUGCAUCAGUACUCAAGCUACCUUUGGGUUACGCGAAGAUACGGGCUUGGUUGGACAGCAGUUCUCAUGGCUGACAACGGUCUUCUAUCUUACUUAUAUGUGUUUUGAGAUUCCGUCUGUCAUCCUGUUGCAGAGAUACUCGAUGGGCCGGAUGUUGUCGAUAUACAUAGUGUGCUGGGGAUUUGUCGUGUUGAGUAUCGGGUUCGCUCAGAAUUUUGUACAUCUCCUCACUCUUCGAGCAUUGCAAGGAAUUUUCGAAUGCUCUUUAAGUCCCGGAUUCCUUUUGGUAAUUGGGACCUGGUACACCACACGAGAACACCCUUCGCGCUCCUUGGUCUUCCAAAGCGGCUAUGCCGGAGUGAGCAUCAUCACCGAAUCUAUCAGUUAUGGAAUUGGUACCGUCUCCUACAGGAACCCGAAUUUCGAGGCGUGGAGGUACAUGUCCUAUUUCCUCGGUAGUCUUACUGUUCUCGUGGGAUUAUCUUGUUUUCUCAUCCUCGGGACACCAUCCGAAGUGAUCUGGUUGUCCGCGGAGGAAAAGAAGAUAGCCACAGCUCGCAUCCUAUCCAAUAACACCGGUCACGAUAAAACAGGCAUCAAGGAAUGGAAGUGGGAACAAGUUAGAGAGUGUCUAGUGGACCCGAUAUUCUGGAUCGCUGGUGCAAAUGCCUUCCUAGGAUCAGUUCCGAACGGUGCCCUGACGGCGUUUUCGGGGAUAUUGACCACUAGUUAUGGGUUUACGAAUCUACAAAAUAUUCUCUUGAACAUUCCGAAAAUGAUUUUCACGGUACUAUUCUUCCUCGCGAUCGGACUACUAGUUACUAAGAAGAAGAACCUCCGAUUAUGGGUCAUGGCGCUCUCUCAACUUCCGCCGAUUGCUGGCUUUCUCAUCAUCGCUCUUCUACCCAAUGAGCCACAAUACAAAUGGACGAAAUGGGGUGGACUUUUCAUGACUGGAACUUUCAUAGUAGCCACGUUCUUUGCUUGGUCGCUAAUCCCGUCAAACGUCGCCGGACGAACAAAACGGACCGUCAUGUCAUCAAUCACCUUCGUGGGAUACUGCGUUGGAAACAUGGUGGGCACACAAAUCUUCCAGGCCAAGGAUGCGCCCAGAUACAUCCCGGGGACGAUUGGCUGUGUAACAUGUUUAGGAAUCCAGAUGCUGCUAAUAAUUUUAUGGAGGACCAUCCUGGUUAUGCGCAACGGGCGUAGAGACAGACGGAUGAGGGAGUUAGGAAUGUCGGAAGAGGAUAGAAUCAAGGCUGGCUUGGAAAUGGGCGAGGGAGACCACACUGACUUUGAGAAUCCUUAUUUCCGAUAUGUGAUGUAA